GUUACCUCGUCGGUAUCGUACGCCAGCAAACGAGUGCAAUAUGAAUCCUACAUAAGCAUCUAACUGUAUUCUACUACUACGAGCUACGUGAAGCUUUCGCUAGUGCGCGGGCGCGCAAGAAAUCUCACCAUCUGACAUCACUGGUUCUCGGACUCGGGAGAAGAACGAUUUCGUCUGGUUUCGUCACAAGUGGACGGCAUCAUUCGGCGGAAGUGAUCUGAGGUGAGGUCGUCUCAGCGCGACAUUGUGCGUGUUUUUUUCACCCGAGUAUUACGCUCGGCGGGCCGCGAGAAUGACAGCUCGCACGCUCGGAGAACGUGGGGAACGGCUCGCGUAAACGAAGAUUCCCCGACACGGUCUCGUCAUCCAUCGAACAUAUGAUCGCACCUCGGCCAACGGGAGCGUAUCGAGCCAAACGUCAAACGCCGCGGAUGAGCCGCCGAUCGUGCUGCAAUUCGCGUCGACUUGACAGAUCCGAGCGGUAUCGCGCGAAUCGUCCUCGUGGAGAUGAGACGCAGCGUCUCGCUCACGUGUCUGUAGUGGGGCCUCAUCACGACUAGUGAGCGAUCGACAAGCUAAGUCCCACCGACGAACGAGGCGCAGCUUCAGCGGGGUAAACAUGAGUUCCGUCUGGAAACGUCUGCAGCGGGUGAACAAGCGCGCCGCGAAGUUCCAGUUCACCGUGUCCUAUCAUGAGGUCACCCUUGAAACGACGACGAAAUGGAAACCGAACAAACUCAGCGUUGUUUGGACAAGACGUAGCAGAAGGGUUAAUUCAGAGCCCUUAGAUUGGGAGCCAAGUCUGAGCGAUCCACUGAAGGGUGUCAUUAGCUGGGCAGUUCCUGACAAUCAUACAGUUUCAGUGACAUUAUUUAAAGAUCCACGAACACAUGAAUUGGAAGACAAAGACUGGACAUUUGUCAUUGAAGAUGUGUCAUCGACGGGAAAGAGGCGUCAUGUUGCCGCCACUAAUAUAAACAUGAAAAAAUAUGCAACCUUGGAAUCUAGUCAGCAACAACUCAAAUUAGAUUUGAAACCUACUUCUAAAAAGAUUGUUAGUGCUACACUGGAGUGUACUCUGUCAUGUGUAUUUCUGCGAGAGGGCAAGGCUACGGACGAAGACAUGCAAAGUAUGGCGAGUUUAAUGUCAGUUAACAAUAACAGUGACAUUGCGCCGUUAGAUGAUUUCGAUAAUGAAGACAUACCGGAAGACGUUGAAGAGGUAUCUGUGAAGAAUCUGGAUGAGAUCUUGGAUAUUUCUGCACAGCUCGAUUUAAUGACGAGCAGUCUCACCGAAAGUGAAUUACCUAGUACUCCAAUAAGCGUGGCGAGCCUGUCGAAGGAUGAUACAACUCCCGUAAACGACGGAGAACAUUUUAUACGCGACGUCAGUCUAACAGGGAUCGGAGAUCCUUUACGAGAAAAGUCACCUGUGAAAGAUAGUGUAGCCGUUGAAAACGAUAAAAACAUCGAGCACAGUACAAUGAGACUGCCGCUGCAGCCGUUGGAUCUUAAAAAGAAUGAUGCGAAUGUGCCGAGGUUGAAGGAAAAUACUCCCGGUCAAGACUUGUUGGAAUGGUGUAAGGAAAUCACUAAAGACUAUCCGAAUGUCAAAGUCACCAACCUGACGACAUCGUGGCGAAAUGGAAUGGCGUUUUGCGCAAUCAUUCAUCAUUUCAGACCCGACCUGAUAGACCUCGAUUUAUUGUUACCGCACGAUGUGAAGGGUAACUGCAAGAAAGCUUUCGACGCGGGCGAAGCUUUGGGAAUACCCAGAGUUAUAGAACCGGCGGACAUGGACAUAUUAACUGUACCUGACAAAUUAGCUGUGAUGACGUAUUUGUAUCAGUUGAGAGCGCAUUUUACUGGCCACGAAUUGGAGGUACACCAAAUCGGCAAAACGACGAACGAGUCGUCUUACAUGAUCGGUAGAUUCAACACGGACAACAAUACGGACGUGAGCGUUCAGCUGUUUGGUCAGGAAAUCAUUAAUUUACGGAAGAAGGAGCAGAUCGAACAGAAAAACAAUAAGACAGAUAAUAAUCGACGGUCGAAUCCAUUCGACAACAAAAAGGACGACAUAUGCAUCGACUCGUUGAAAAACAAGCUGCACUUAAGCCUGAGCACGGACAAUCAGGAUCACGAGCAGUGUAACAAGGAUAAAUCGCCGUCCAGUGUGAAGGAAGUCAAGGACAUCAUAUUGGCCAGCUCGAAGAGCAUUUUGGGCAAGGUGUUGUCACCGACCAAAGAGAAGUACUCGUCGAGAGAGAAGAGCAAGUCUCCGCCGAGAGUGCAACAAGCGCAGCAACGUCCGAUACUUAUGACCCGCCGGCAAUUAACUGAUCCGUUCGGCUCCGACGACGAAGAGGAGAACAUACAGAUUAUCGACGAGAAAUGCUCGCAAUCGAUCUCGAUUACCAAAUCGCAAAGCCCGGAUUCGUUGAACUCCGUCGAUAGAGGAAGUCGAGGUAGUUUCGAAUGCCAGGGUGCGUCGCCGCCGUAUGGAGAACAGCGUUCACAACACCCAUUAGUCAGCCGACACGACGAAUUGCGAGAACGAGCGAGGCAGCUCCUGGAGCAAGCCAGGAGUCAGACGAAGCCAGCCGGGUUCGUUUCCACCGCGAUCAGUCCCACCGAGGCGCAAAAUGACGACGAGAGACAGCAACAACUGCGGGAGAGAGCGAGGCGCUUGAUCGCGGAAGUGAAAAUGGGUGUAACCCCGAGCCAGAUUAACGACGACAACAGCAGUGAUAGACGAUCGAUAGAUGAUCAAAAUAAUAGCCCCAGACGUAGCAUUACGCCGUCAACGCCCGGCGACAGACUCAGUAUAAAGUCUGAGUACAAUGGAAACAUCCUGGGCAAUGCGAGUGUGAUAGAUGGAGAUAAGAAAACCGGCUCGCCUCUGUAUUCCUUCUCGAAGAUCAUCGAAAGAAUCUCGCCCGACAAAGGAAGCCCCGACAGAACUCCGUAUACGCUUCGCGGGUUGGGCAAAGACAUGACGUCGUACAUUCAAAACGAGCUUGAAGCGCUUGAAAGGGAACAGAACCAGAUCGACAUACAGGCCGGUAAGCUGGAGAAACAACUCAGAGCGGCUAUGGAGAGUGAUAACGAAGAUGAGACGGAAAGACUGAUGUCCUUGUGGUUCACUCUCGUUAACAAGAAGAAUGCGCUUUUAAGAAGACAAAUGCAACUCAAUAUCUUAGAGAAAGAAGACGAUCUGGAACGACGAUUCGAGCUUUUGAAUCGCGAAUUAAGGAGCAUUCUCGCGGUGGAAGAAUGGCGCAAGACAUCCGAGCAAAAGAUGCGUGAGAAUUUACUAUUGGAAGAAUUGGUGUCCAUUGUGAAUAAAAGGGAUGAAUUAGUGCAUCAUCUCGAUACGCAAGAGAGAGCCAUCGAGGACGAUGAUGAGAUAGAACGCGACUUGUCUCGUGCCGGAUUAGCUCAACGAAACAAAAAUUGCGUUGUGCAAUGAAGAGUUGAUUGUUUGUAUCAUGAUUUUCUCAACGCUGUUUUAAAGGCAUAACCGUUUUUGCUGUGGAGUUGCCAAAGAGUCGACGAAAUUAGAUGAUGGGAAGUCAGAUAUGUCGUUUUAUGGUUUACAAAGGAAUGGUUUUUAGGGUCUCGUUUUUUCUUCUUUUUUUUUUAUAUAUUGUAGAUUAAUUCACCGAGCGUGAUAUUCCAUGUUUUGCUUUCAAUAUAAACUUGCCGGCUGUCUGUCUGCAACAAGAAGGGAAAAGGAAGGAGAGAAAGAAGAAACAAGAAGUUAAAUCGGCAAAUAUCGAAAUAUUAGACAAAUAUUAAUAUAAAACGAUGUGCAAGAUUUUUUUAUAAAGUAUCGAGCACAAUGUUUAUUAUAAGGUUAUAAUAACUGUUUCGCCGUGUGCUUUGAGUGGAAUGUUGUGCGAUUAAUAGAAGCGCAUGCAAAUAGACGAGGCGAUAUGCUCUACAGAGUAAGCACUUUAUAUGGAAUCAUAUGAUAACACUUUGCGAUCAGUAGUAAGCAAGAAGAAGGAUAGACGUAAUAUUUCUUUUUAUAAACGGGAGAUAUUCUGUCUUGGAGCAAAAGUAUGACGAACGCAGAGAGAUGUAUGAAGGAGCUCGGGAAGUAUAACUAGUUGGUUAAUAAGGAUACCUUUACAAUGGCGGGUAAAUUGCUACUCACACUAUCAUCAUUUAAGAAGGUCAAAGAUGAGAAUCGUGGCGCGGGAAUGUACGCGAAAAGCAAUAUAGCUAGAUAUAUAUAUCUCGCGCACCAUUACCGAUCCUAGAUCGAUUUGCGGAGGGUAGAUUAAUCGAAGCGUUAUGAAAGUAGGUAUCACGUUGGCGUUGUAUAUACUUUGUCGGGCUCGCAAGCGGUCAUUUCCAUUGAGCAUUCGCAUACAUACUCUGAUUGUGCCAUAUAAGCGUUGAUGAACUUUUUACACCGCGGAGAAAAAUGAUGAUUUUUAUCGCUCUGGUGCGUGAUCCUAAGAGGAGUCGUGAAGAAAGAAAAAGAAAUAAAGAAAAAGCCAUUUCUUACACGGUGAAUUUGCGUACAGGAUGUCGUCACGUUGGCUGUAAUUUUUUAAUAACGAUGCAGCAUAAUAUUUUUUGAAUAUUUCGGCAUGUAGUUGCGAGUUGUCAUCGCAUAAGGAGAAAAAAGGGAGAUAUGUUCGCUCAAAAUUCCCUCGUUUUAGCGCUUAUUCGGCCUAACGGAUCUGGCAAUGCGGAUAGAAAAAAGAAGAAAUGACGACGAAUGCUCAUUAAAAGAAUGUUCUCAACGAGAUGGGCGUUGUGUCAGACAUAACGCGUCCGAAUUAACUGGUAAUUAAGUGUGCAUGAUCGUCACCUCUCUGUCUCUUUCUCUCUCUCUCUUCUCUCUCUCUCUCUCUCUCUCUCUUUCUCUCUCUCUCUCUCUCUCUCUCUCUCUCUGUAUUAAUUUAUUUAAAUCCGAAAUUGUCGGAGGACAUAUUGUGAGGGAUACACUUUCUCCCCGACAUGGUUGCUUCGUAAAACUAUUACGAGCGCAGCCCUUGCAUGCUGAAAGCGAUGUUAUAUGUUAGGGAAAACGGAUGUUUACCGGAACAUUAGUCUCUCUGAUGGUACAAACGAAACGUGUUAUUUUUUAUUAAAUACUCUGAGUGUGUAUGUCGCGUUAUAUUGGCGCCGUUAAUAUCCGCCGCAUAGUUAGCGUGAUCUUCCGAAGUCGAGAAUAUACAGUAAGUUGUCUCUUUCUCCGUCGAAUGAUCUCCGUUCAGGUGUCCGCAAAUUGUGAGCAUGGAUAUAGGCCGACGUAUACAAACAAUUCAUGAUAAUUGUUCGAAGCGUAUUUAUAAUGUAUAUGCUUGAAACAUUGGGAGGCUUGCGAGUGAGUGCUAUGACAAUUGAUUCAGCUGUAUAUGUACACAUUAUAUACGUUCCAAGCAGACCAUAUACAAGCACUCCCGAAAACACGAACAUGUAUCGAAAUCUACUUAGAGUAUGAUUAAAGCUUUGGGAAUAAAGCGUCAGGAACAUAUCCCUUUUUUUGGACAUCGUAACGCAUACGUCUAAUUAAAUCGACGUGUAUCUCACGAUUAUCCUAUAUUUCAAACUGCCCUGUUUUUAUUUUUCCUUUUAUUUUUCAUUUCGUUUCUCCAACAGAAACCAGUGAUUAUUAUUAAUUUAAAGUUGCCCGCGUGCGAUAUAUCAAUAAAAGUGACAAAUCCUCUUGACAUUUAAGAGAGGAAGAAAUUGUUGAAACAUAUGCAGUUGGAACAAUGAGAACAUAAAGCAGACAAAUAGUUUCAUCGUGGUAUAUAUAUAUAUUUGUCAGUUUAAAUAAUAUAAUUUUCGCUGUCGCGUGAUUUCUGAUUUAGGUACUAGCUACUAAUUCUGAGGAGCGAUAAAGAAUUUAGCAAUAAUUUAUUAUUGUAACACUUAUGAAUAUUUGUAUUUACGUUGAGACGAAAUUGCGACUAUAUACGAGUCAACUAAUUUCUUUCGCUCCGUAUUAUAAUGUGAAACGUAAUUUUGCAAAGAUAACCGUUCUUGCCAUUGUUAUAGUUUUGUGCAGAUACGCUGUUCUUUUUCCCUUCGCGCAUGUUAAUCGUGAUGGCGCAUGUGAAAGUGCAAGCAAGCGAAAGAAGAAACGAAUCACACAAUAGUUGCCAUUAAUUAAUAAAGAAAGACUUAUAAAGGGCACUGCAGAAGGAAAUAAUAAAUAUGAUAUUAUCCAUCUAAUCUAUCGUUGUAAGUCGUACUGUUUGAAGAUCAAACGCCCGUCGAAAAGUAGAAUCCAUUCAACGACACAUAUACCGAGCAUGUUUGUAUAUUUUUUCGUCCGGAGAACGUGAGUUUGACGCAACGCGACGUGAGAGAAACACGAUCUUUGUGUCUCCGUUUUCAACUAAUCAGUAACUUUUAUCACUCUACGAAUAUCAAUAACGCCUUAUCACGCUAUUUCUCUGCAAAAAUAGUUACUUUUGUAAUAACUUCUGAAUGCUCAAUCCAAAUAUGUGUAUCGUUGGAUGUAUCUGAGGACUCCUAUUAAUUUGGCAUUUAAAAUUUUUCUUUGUUAAAAUAAUUUACCGCUAUACUUAAAUCAAUCUUGAUAGCAAGCGUUUCACACAUAAGACAUCCAACCGGCGAAGUUUUGACCUAUCCAAAACUUCUGCUUUCUUGUGUAGAGCAAUUUAAAAAUAACUCCUCAAUUUUUCUUUCAACAUUUCUAUUUCUUCGAAAUUAUAUCCUGCAAUGAUGAUGCGGUUAACGCAGAAAGAAGCGAGUAAAUGUUCCCUCACGUAUCCCUCACCUGUACUAAAUAUUCAUCAGUUCCCGCCUGCCGACACUCCAGACUUCUUAUCACUUUAUCAUCAGAUAUAAAAAAUUGCUUUUGACACUUGUUUUUUCUCUUUGAUCCGUUCGAAGUUUCAAUAUUUCGACCGGAAGAUUCACUUGUCAGAAAUUAAACAGAUUCUUACGUGAGCGGCCAGUCGCUAAACAAGCUACGCAAGG